AUGUCAGUCACAGACGAAUGCUGGCUCCGUUUCCACAUUAAUAAUUCGUUUGGUUCAAAUUCACAAUCUCCCUCACGUUCCUACAAACACCAUGGAUUAAUGUAUGACAAUCCAGCCAUCGUGAUGCAUGUGGGUGACAGAAGCUUCAUGAUUCUUUCCAACGGAAGCUAUCGGCGAUCGUCAAGCAUGAGCGUCAAAGACGACACAUUUUACUACGACAAGCCUCCUUCCCAAACGCUCAACCUCUCCAUAAUCAAAUUGGACGCCUCUUUCUUCCGCAUUGAAGUCUCAAAGGAAGCAACUGUUGCAGAACUCAAGCAGGCUGUCGAGGACAUUUUCGCUCACGUGCCUCUGAAGGGCGCGGGGAAAAUAUUGUGGCCACUUGUUUGGCGGCAAUUCUGCUUAUCCUAUCAAGGACAUAAAUUAGUUACAGAGACGGAUUACCUUCGAGAUUAUGGCAUCAAGGAUGGUGACCAGGAUGUAGAACUUAGAAGCCUGUAG